GGUCAGAUCUGCAGCCCUGCGCCGGGGGAGGGAUCAAAACACUAUUUUGGUCCCACUGGCAUUCAUUCUGUUUGUGUGGUUUUAAACUACGAAAUAACGUCUUUAAACGGCGCAUUCGCUCUCCGCACGUGCCUUUCAGCGUCUGAAUGAGGCGGAGGUUCUGCGCGUAACGACGUAGUUACACGCCGUUCAAACAUCACGUCGACUCGGAUUGUGCUGCGUUAGCCUAGCAUCGGGCUAAGCUGCUAAUCAUUGGAACAAGUUCAGAUGGUAACUCCCUGGUUGUGCUAAUCGGCGAAUUGCAGAGGGGGGGCAACAACAGCACUGGACUCAAAGCAUGACCUGCCCUCCCAGCAAGCGCCUCCGAGGCCUGAACCAGGACAUCCCGAAGGCGGACCCCUUCGAGGCGGACCCCUUUGGGGACGACGACGACUUCACUCAGGACGACCUGGACGAGAUCGACACCAUUGCCUCGCAAGCCAUCGGCUUGACCUCUGCAUCGGCGACCGGGCCGGGAUGGGAGCGAGCGCACGGGUCAGGAUUUCGUCCGCCAUUGGACAGAGAGAACACGGGCGGCUUCGGUGGGAAGAGCGGACAUUCGGGGGCACGCAGCAGAGAGCCUCUGGGCAACAGAGCGCAGCAGCUUGGUGCAGACCGAGAGGACUCCUACAUCCUGCUGGAGGCUCAGCAUGCAGAUCUCCGGAGGAAGCUGAAGGAGGUGGAGGAGGAGAUUGUGUUGAAAAACGGCGAGAUCCGGGUGCUCAGGGACUCCCUGAGAGGAGCCCGGCAGGAGAAGGAGACCCAGAGGCAGACCCUGGCCCUGCUGGAGAAGCAGAAGCAGAGAGAGCAGAGUGACAAGGAGAAGGAGCUCAACAAGAAGGUUCAGUCGCUGCGGUCGGAACUGCAAUUCAAAGAAGCCGAGAUCAACGAGAUGAAGAGCAAGCUGCUGAGCGCUGAAAGGAGCAAGACGGCGUCGCCGCUACCGCGAAACAGCCCCAAAGUGCCCAACGGCCUUUCCCAGCUACAUCGCGGUGGCAGCUCCUCCUCGCCAACAGGAAGUGGUUUCAUCACCAAGGAGACAUUCGCGGCGCAUCUCCCGUCCAGAAACGCGUCGAUGAAAACUCCCGCCAAGAUGCGCAGGGACGGAGCCGUUGACAAACAGGAAGUAGCCUGGACUGAUCCGUUCCAGUGCGACCGGCCGGCACACCGGCAGCACCGAGGUGGCGUCCUGUUGGGCUUGUUGCUGCAGCAGCCACUGUCUCCCAGCAGCCAUUGCCUCUCGCACCUGCUGUCCGUCAGCCUGAGUGACACCUGCCUGACGGCCAGGCCGGACUCAACCGCAGCACAGUGGGACUUGAGCGCGGCCGGUGCGGGCAGGAUGAUAUGCGGAGCCCCCCGAGUGGGCCUCAGUCCGGUCCAGAGUCUGGCGGUAACCGGACUCAACAUGCUGAGUCAAAGUCGACCUGGGGCAGCAAAGGCCAAAGACGGGUGUCCAGGAGCCGUGCUUCUCCUCCCGCUGCUGGACCUGCACUUGUCUCGCCUCUGCCAGGCCCUGGAUGCUAGGGGCGCGGCCUCCGGGUCUCUGCCGGACACACGCCCUGCCCCCACGGGACCGGGGAGGCCGGACGAGGCGGUCGCGAGCGGCGAUAGUCUGGAAGACGCCGGGCUGGCGGCACUGAGGAUCCUCUACCUGCUGACGGACCACAGCGAUGAGGUGGUCCAGGCGGUUCUCUCAACACAAAGUGAAGGCAGCACAGAAAACCAGGCCGCCACCGCCGUUGCGACGCAGGCUCUUGACUCCCACAAUGCCUUGCUGCAGUCCGUGUUGCACCUCUGCCGCGUCAGUGGAGCUGGAGGAGAGUUGGAAGAGCUAGUGGUCGGCGCCGUGAAGGCGGCCAGCGUCCUGAUCGAGAGGGCACCGGAUGCGCACGUCGACCGGCUCCCGCGCGUGCUGCAGGCGCUGUGCGCGUGCGUGUCGGCCCACGCCAACCCCCGCGUGCUCGCCGAGUGCACCGCCGCCCUGGUGUGUGCGUGCGACCGCGCCUCGCUCACUCGCCAACUCUGCUCCCAGCACGAACCCUGCGUCUUCCUGAAGCUUCUGCAGCACAUCAGGAACAGACCCGUUAAGCAGGCGUCGCACGCUGAACUCAUCCUACUGGACCUGCAGGUGGUUCGAUUGUUCAACCGGCUCACUCAGACGGCGGAGAGCUGGCAAAGCAGCAGCUGCCAGUGCUACACUGAGCUGGUUCAGACGUCUGUGGUCAUCCUCCAUCGUCAGUGGCUGGACCUUCGCGACUCUCCCGAGCUGACUGCCAGGUCGCCUGACCCUGACGUUGCCCCGUCGUGGUCAGCGCCCUGGUGGCGGCGCCCGCCGGCGUCACUGUUACGCGAGUGCCUCCAUCUUCUUCACUGGCUCCUCCACCAUCACGCCAGCUUCUCGGCCAGCUGCAGGUCGCUGCUGCACAUGUACGACCAGGCCGUACCGGCCGUGCGCGACACUCUCAGGAAGAUCCCCGAGCUGAGCGAGAGCGAAGAGCUGGCCUUGGAGGAAAUCUGCCGCCCGGAGGGCGACGACACCGACGACCAGGACACUGAUUCCGGCUCCUGAUUGGUUCAUCGCCAUAAUGGACACUUUAUUAUGUGCCAUGAAGUCCAAGUUCAGCAAGAAAAACAGAGGAACCAAACUCCAAAAAGAUUUAACAAUAAACAGGAUCCUUAAAAUGUCUUAAAUGUUCCUAAAUGUAUUUCUCUUUAAAAAUGACAAUCCUUAAAUCUGCUGCUCAAUAUCACAAUAUUUUAUUUACUUGUUUGCAAUUUGUCUUGCUGCUGCUAUUUGUGAGUCCCUGCAAAACAGAGACACGGGAAAGUUAACUGUUAAGUAAACACAGCCACACAUGUUUUUCAGCCUGUAGCUGAUUACAGAAACUUGAGCAAAUAGUGCGCGAACGAACGGAGACUUCAGCGGACGCCCACACAAUCCUGCAGCUCAAGGGCAGGUCUUAUUUUUCAUGAUUUUACAUACAUGGUGAUUUUUGUUUUUUUGUUGUUGUUUUUUUUAUUCAUUCAAAUUUGUCAUCCAAGAAUUGUAAUGUUACCUACGUUCCACAGGGUUCUGUACUUGGUCCUCUAUCGUCCACUAUCUACAGUCAUGGACAAAAGUGAUUAGAACACCCUUGUUUCUUCAAUUUCUUGUUCAUUUUAAUGCCUGCUAUCACUAAAGGUAUCUUGCCUGAAGAAUACAGAAAUAAUAUAUAUAAAUAUACAUGAAUAUGGCAUCAGCUUUCAAUGUUAUGCUGACGAUUCUCAUCUUUACAUUGAGGGAUGCCUUGUUGAAAUUAAACACUGGGAAAGCACAAGAAGGCUUGUUGAAAAUAAAAAUGUGCAGGGCUCCCACGAAUUGCAACGACGA